AGGGGGAUUAGCAGGAAGCGGUGAAUGGUUGAAUAUCAAAGUGGGGAACGUGUAAGUUCCUGACUUCUACGACCGACUACGAGGGGACACAGACCCCCAAAGUGGAGCCAAUCCAGCCCUGCGCCGAGGGACGUUCCACGAGGGCAGAGGUGUAGGGAGGCCUGGCAACAAUUCUCUGUGAAGUGAGCCAGGCUCCAGCGGAAUGGCGGCCAGGGGCUGAGCAAGGGUUCAGCUCCGGGGCUCGGGAGAGACCGCGAGAGCUUUGUCUUCUGAGCGGCGGGGGUCCCGGAGGAAGUAUAAUUUCAACAGAGCUUCUAAAGUCACACGGAGACACUAGGAAGCCUUUGAUGAGAACUUCGUCGGGUUUUGAAGGACUAGUAUCCUCCUUGAACAGCGCUACCCAGGAAGGAAGACGAAGACGGGCGGGGCCGGGCCCGGCGUCGCUUCGGAUAUCUUCGGUCUCAGCCUCAAGCCCGGCUGAUCCGGAAACAGCCGAGCGGAUCCGGAAACAGCCGAGCGCACCCGGAAGCGGUGAGCGCGGUCACCAGGGAGUACGGGACCCCGCCGUUUGCGCGGAGGCGAUGGCGGCAGCUGGGCCGGCAGCCGCGGGCGAGGAUGGCCUGGGACGGCAGCCGGCGACUGCCCUUGAUCCCCAGCCCCAGGAGGGGGCAAAGGCUGAGGCCGAAUCAGUGGAGCUCGACCGACUUCGGGUUGAGCUGGCAGGCGCCCUGGCAGAAAUGGAGACCAUGAAGGCUGUGGCCGAGGUGAGCGAGAGCACGAAGGCCGAGGCUGUGGCUGCGGUGCAGCGGCAAUGCCAAGAGGAGGUGGCCUCCCUGCAGGCCAUCCUGAAAGAUUCCAUCAGCAGCUACGAAGCCCAGAUCACUUCUCUGAAGCAGGAGAGGCAGCAGCAGCAGCAGGAUUGUGAGGAGAAGGAGCGGGAGCUGGGCCGCCUGAAGCAGCUGCUGUCCCGGGCUCACCCCCUGGACUCCUUGGAGAAGCAGAUGGAAAAGGCCCAUGAGGACUCGGAGAAGCUGCGAGAGAUUGUGCUGCCCAUGGAGCAGGAGAUAGAGGAGCUGAAGGCGAAACUGUUGAGGGCGGAGGAGCUGAUUCAAGAGAUCCAGAGACGUCCCCGGCAUUCCCCUUCCCUGCAUGGUUCCACGGAGUUGCUGCCUCUGUCCCGAGACCUGUCUCCCCCGCUGGAGCCUCUCGAGGAGCUGAGCGGAGAUGGGGGUGCAGCGGCCGAGGCCUUCGCCCACAACUGUGACGACAGCGCCUCCAUCUCCUCCUUCUCCCUUGGCGGCGGGACUGGCAGCAGCGCUUCACUGCCCCAUAGCCGCCAGGCCCUGAGCCCUGAGCAGGAAGAGACAGCCUCCCUGGUGUCCACGGGCACCCUUGUCCCUGAGGGCAUCUACCUACCACCUCCUGGUUACCAGCUUGUCCCAGACACCCAGUGGGAGCAGCUGCAAAUGGAGGGGCGGCAGCUGCAAAAGGACCUGGAGAGCAUUAGCCGUGAGCGGGAUGAGCUGCAAGAGGGCCUGAGACGAAGCAAUGAGGACUGUGCCAAGCAGAUGCAGGUGCUCCUGGCCCAGGUCCAGAACUCAGAGCAGCUGCUGCAGACCCUGCAGGGGACUGUGAGCCAGGCUCAGGAGCGGGUUCAGCUGCAGAUGCAGAGAAGGGGGGUAGGGGCUUUCUGGCUGUCAGCACAUUUGGAGGAGGGUUCAGGAUUUGGCCUCACAGGAGACAGAGACACUUGCCCCCCUCAUUUCCCGGAACCGACUCUCCAUACCCAGGCAGAGCUGGCCACCUCCCACAAGUGCCUGAGCCAUGAGGUAAAGCGGCUGACAGAAGAAAACCAAGGGCUCCGGGCUGAGCAGCCACCACCUGCAGCCCCCCGGGUCCUGGAGCAGGAUGCGGGCCAGGAGGAGGCGCUGCCCAGCUCAGUCCUGGAACUGCAGCAGCUGGUACGCUGCAUGGGGCAGGAGGCAAGGGCCCAUCAGCAGGCCAGGGAACAUGAGGCUGAGCGCCUUCGGAUUGAGAUUGUGACGCUGCGGGAGGCGCUGGAGGAAGAGACUGCGGCACGGGCCAGCCUGGAGGGGCAGCUGAGGGUGCAGCGGGAGGAGACAGAGGUGUUAGAGGCCUCCCUGUGCAGCCUGAGGACAGAGAUGGAGCGGAUCCAUCAGGAACAGAGCAAGGCUCCAGCCGGUGCCCUGUCCUCACAGGCUCAGCUCACAGACCUCCUCUCAGAACAGAGGGCAAAGGUGCUGCGGCUGCAGGCCGAAUUGGAGACCAGUGAACAGGUGCAGAGGGAUUUUGUACGACUGUCCCAGGCCCUGCAGGUGCGCCUGGAACAGAUCCGCCAGGCAGAGAGUCUGGAGCAAGUGCGCAGCAUCAUGGACGAGGCGCCCCUCAGGGACAUCAGGGACAUCAAGGACUCCUGAGAGGCCAGACCCACCCACUAUGGGGAGACUGCUUUUCUCCACUGCAGAACUAUUAAGCCUAAGCUUUGGGGGCCUCAGGAUGGAGUCUUCCCCUCUCCAAGCCUGGGGUUUAGGGGAUGGGGCCACCACCACCCUGGCCCUCCAGGGCCUCCUCCCAGGAGUGACUGGGCCUUCUGCUUCCAAGGAUGACACUGGGUGAGGGUCCCAACUGCCCCCUGGAACCAAAGGUGCAGGCUCAGCCCUGUGACUUUCUGGCUGCUAUGCUGCCUCCUGGGCCCUAACCCUCAUGCCCCUGUCCCCUUUCCUAAGGCACAGCCAGGCUGUGGGUGGUGGCUGGGAGCCUCUGUCCAUACAUGCACCCUGGACAGGCAGCUGCUUUCUGGACUGCAUGACACUAAGAUGCUUGUCCCCAAGGGCCUGACCCAGGCCCCAAGAUGUGCAUGGAGGCGAGGCCAGACUUUUCUGUCAUUUAUUUUCAAUAAAUAAGCAGCUCAGCUCA